AUGGCGUCAUCUUAUCCUCUUCCCUGCGCCUGCCGCGGCGCCGCCUCCCGCCGCCGCCUGCUGCCGUCCUCCCCCAGCUAUCUCCUCCUGCGGGCCCCCUCCUCCUCCCUCGUGCCGGCGCCGCGCCGAUGGAGCAGCGAACGGAGUUCCUGCGGUGGGGCCGCCAGUUUCUUAGGGAGGAUGAGAAGAAAGAGCCCGUGGCGGGAUGGCAGGAAGGAUUCUAGGGUUUCAAGUUGCGGCGUCGCCGGCUCGCUGGGUGGCGGACUGGCGGACGGGAGCUCGAUCUUGGGCGAGGAGGAAGAGGACGAGGUGGAAGAGGCGCAGGAGGACGACGAAGCACUGGAGUCGUCGUUCUCGCCGGAGAGAUGGGACGUGCUGGGCCUCGGCCAGGCCAUGGUAUGAUGCUCUUGACCUUCCCAAGUUCUCCGGAUAAUUCGUCUUUUUUCCGCCCUUUUGCUUUACUAAGAAUGCCUGCAUUUUUCGCAUUUAUAAUUCUUCUUCCUCCUGGAAUCAUGCCAGGUUCGGCCAUCCGGUUUUUGAAGCAAGAACUGGUAGAACUAGGAACUUAAAAUGUUAGAGAAUGCCGGGGUGAAAUUUCCAAAAUGCUGGAAAUUUCUUUUUUUAAUUGCUAAUCGUAUGAUCUAUUAGUUCGUCUUCUUCUUCCUAGAAUCUUCCUGUCCCCUGGUUUUUGCUGUUGACAGGAUUCACAUUUGCUUGAGGCUCUUAUGAGCGUCUGAGAUUCUGCUAAUGGGCUAAUUUUUUUUCCCAAUUUCAGGUAGAUUUCUCGGGCAUGGUCGACGAUGGAUUCUUACAGAGAUUGGGUAUAGAGAAGGGCACGAGGAAGGUAGUCAACCACGAGGAGAGGGGCAGAGUCUUGCAGGCAAUGGAUGGCUGCAGCUACAAGGCCGCCGCUGGAGGCUCCCUCUCGAACACCCUCGUGGCUCUGUCAAGAUUAGGGAGACAUUCCAUCGGUGGCCGUGAUCUAAAAGUGGCCAUGGCCGGGAGUGUUGGGAGCGAUCCUUUCGGUGGGUUCUACAGGUGAUCUCAGCUCCCAUUUUCUCCACACUAGACAUAUAUCUCUGCAUAUUCUAGUAAAAUUGCCUAAGAUGCAAGAAGAACCAUGCCAUUUUUGGGGAAAUUUCCAUGAUAUUCUCUUUAGAAGCCUGCGAAUGAUAGUCCCAUGUUGGUUACUAUAGAAAUGAACUUAUGAUCAUGUAGAAACUUAUGGUCAAUUGUUUCUGAGUUGGUCACAGUAGCCUCCUAUUACCAGUUCUAGAGAUGAGCAUGUGAGCAGAAGCAUGGAAUCCUAAUUAUUUUUCAGCCAGAUGGCUCAAGAAUUCUCGUAAAAUGUAAAUGUAGAGCCUUGAAGCUCUCUUCGGCGGAGACCUGCAGAUGAAGAUUUUUUUUUUACUGGAAAAAGAAAAAGAAAAAGAAAAAGAAAGCAUGCAUUCGUAUUGGUGUUCGUCGUCGCUGUGUAAGAUUAUAGCCUCAACUUCUUGAUUGGUGGUGUAAUUUUUCAGGGCUAAGUUGCGGCGAGCGAAUGUGAAUUUCCUCUCGGAGCCGGUCAAGGAUGGGACUACGGGCACAGUCAUCGUUCUGACCACGCCGGACGCUCAACGCACCAUGCUUGCAUACCAGGUCGCCGCCUCCAUGCUUGGAAAUCCUCCCCCCAUCGUUGACCUCUAUCGGCUUCCUCGUUAAACCAGGAACCAUCUGGUUUCGCUCGGUUUUGGCUGUUUGACUGGCUAUUGACGAGAGUGGCGGUGUUCCUCUUCCAGGGCACCUCCUCCACCGUCCUGUACGAUUCCUCCCUCGCGAGCCUCAUCUCGAAGACGAACAUCCUCGUUGUGGAGGGCUACCUGUUCGAGCUGCCGGACACGGCGAGGACGAUCAUGAAGGCCUGCGAGGUCGCCCGCGAGAGCGGCGCCCUGGUCGCCGUCACCGCAUCCGACGUCUCCUGCAUCCGGCGAUGCUUCGACCACUUCUGGUACGCUUUCUCCAAACUCCACCGUUCUCUGGCGGCGCCGCCAAUCAUAUCAGUCCUCUGAGAGGGUCUUUUUCUUCUUCUUGCAGGGAGAUCAUCGGAGGCUACGCGGACAUCGUCUUUGCGAACAGCGCGGAGGCUCGCGCCUUCUGCGAGUUCUCGCCGGCGGAGUCCCCCGUGGCGGCGGCGAGGUAUCUCAGCCACUUCGUGCCGCUGGUCUCCGUCACCGACGGCCCACAGGGCUCCUACAUCGGGUUGAAGGGGGAGGCCAUCUACAUCCCGCCGACAGCGUGCUCGCCGGUGGACACGUGCGGCGCUGGCGACGCCUACGCUUCCGGCAUACUCUACGGCGUACUCAGGGGAACAUCGGACCUGAAGAGCAUGGGAAUGCUGGCCUCGAGGGUCGCCUCCAUUGUCGUUGCUCAGCAGGGGACUCGCCUCCGGGUCAACGACGCAAGGGAGCUCGCCUCCUCCUUCGCCGACAGCUUCGAGUGCUCCGGUGUCUACUCCGACUCGGGCUCGGACUUCUCUGCGUUUUAG